AACUCUUAUAGGAUGAGAAUGCUUCCUGAAAAUAGGAAAAAGCAGUUAGCCUAAACACCAAAUAAACCCAUCGCUUUACUCUUUUGAUCUCCCCCACUUUCUUUCCCAAAUUUCUGCACUUUGCCUAUUAAAAAAAAUAAACUUAAAAAAUCAACACCUGGUUUCUUUCUGCGGACUGUCUGAGGUAGGCAUAUUGAAUGAGGUUAAUCAUGUCCACUGUUCGGUUUAUGUGCCAAAAGAAAACCGAAGAAGAUGUUCCACAAGAGAAUUUGAGAGGAACUUAUUGCAAUGUCGGCAAAGAGGAUUUGUUUUUAGUUCUUCAAUUUCUGGAGGAUGCCAAUUUGACAGAAACUGCUCGCAUAUUGGAAGAAGAAUCAGGAAUCUUCUUCAAUAUGAGCUAUUUUGAGAACAUUGUAACAAAUGGGGAUUGGGACAAGGUGGAAAGGUACUUAUUGGCAUUCACUGGGAUCAAUGAUAACACUAAUUCUACGAAAAUAUUCUAUGAGAUCAGAAGACGGAAGUGCCUAGAAGCACUGGACAUGAGGGAGACCGUCAAAGCUCGUGACAUUUUAGUGAAUGAGAUUAAAAUACUUUCAGUUCCUGAUGAAGACGUUUUUGAAAAUUUAAAACAUUUUUUCUUUCUUAAUAACAUCAGAGAUCACAAACUAUUAUCUGAUUAUGGAGACAGAGAGUCUGCUAGGGCGACAAUGUUUGCUGAUGUUAAAAAUUUUAUAGAGGAAAACCGUCUUCUGUUAUAAGCUGAACUUCCCUAAGGUCACAAGCUUGACGACACAAAUGAAGCAGAGGUCUAUUUCUUCACUGUAAGAUCGAUGACACUAAUGAAGCUAAGGUUUAUUUCUUCACUAUUUGUAUCAUAAACGUAUUCUUUCUGGUAAAGAUAAACAUUCAGUAUGUUUGGCUUGGCUUCUUCUUGAGAAAGAAGCCAGCUUUUUUCCUAUAGGGGGAUUAUUUUGGUAUGGAACUACUACCAAAAUAAGCCCCAAGAUGGGAUAUUAUUGCUCGGUAUUGAAAGGAGGCCACUCAUAUCUAUUA